AUGGCCUCACCAGAGAUGCACUCCGCCUCCCCAACAACAACAUCGACAACCACUACGACAACGAAAACUCUCUCACCAGAGGAGUUCACCACUUACAUCAAUGAUCCUUGCCUUAACAGGACCUUCCAGCUGCCUGCCGAUCCGUCGCGCGGCCGCCCCGAAGCCUUCCAGGUCUCCUAUGCCGAUUUUGGCUAUCAUCGCGAAGAUGCCGGCGAUGAUUCUGACCGAGAGGAGCAGGUGUUUCUGUUCUUCGGGCCACUCAUGUCUUCACGGCUGUUCCAUGGUGCAAAGGAUGGACUGGCGAAGAGGUACAAGGUCCGCUUCGUGAGCGCAGAACGCCCGGGCAUUGGCAAGACCGACAGCGUACCGGCUGAGAGAAUGCUCGAGGUUUGGCGGGAAGUCAUGCCCGCCCUGCUCAACCACCUCGGCAUCAAGCACGUCUCUGUAGGCUGCCACAGCGCGGGCACCGUCUUCGGGCUCGACUUUGCCGUUCACAAUCCACAAUUCCUACACCCCUCGCGGCCGUAUAUCGCCCUGGCCGGCCCCUGGAUUCACCCAUCGCAUUCGGGCAUGCGCGUCUGGUCGCUGGCCUCGUCGUUGCCGCGCUCGCUGAUUGCCCAGACCGACAAGAUGGCUGUCCUUGUCAACUCGUUGGGCCCUGCGGUCGGCGUCAGUUCCGCUGUCUCAGGCACUGUGUUGCAGCUCUGGUCCCAAGCAGAACCCUCAGGUCGCGAGGGCCCGGACGUCGACCUCGAGGAAGGCUUGCGCGACCGUGUGCCGAAGCACGUCUUCGCGGAUAGUGUGCGUGGCCUGGGCCAAGAGACGCAGGUGCUACUGCGCAACGGGGUCGAGAAGGACGGCUGGUCCGACUGGGGCGACUUUGAUGUGCUGGCGCCGCGCCUGGCCGAAGCAGUGAGACGGGUCGGGGGAGCCAGGCUGAAGGUGGAUAUGUUCUUUGCGGAGAAGGACAACAUGAUUGGCGAUGCGGGCUCCAAGGGACCCAGGUGGUUCGAGGCGUGCUGGAGAGACGUAGAUGGCGUGGAUUUUGCGAGCGAAACGGUCAAAGGGACGGACCACGACCACGUCUGGGAUCUGCGCUGGGACGUGAUGGAAAGGGUGUUCAAAAUGAUGACGCAGGAGGCCUGA